AUGGCUACCUCAGUAGCUCCAGCUGCUCAGACCGUUCCUGCUGCUGCUAAAAAGAACGUGACCAAAACCGUCACGGAACCCCCUCCACCUCCUCCACCAGUUGAGGAACUAGAGCCUGGGACUGGCAUAGUUGGCUUGGAUCCCUGGCUAACACCGUUCAAGGGUAGUAUCAAACACCGUUAUGAUACUGCUCAACAUUGGAUUCAAAAAAUCAAUGACACAGAAGGUGGUCUUGAGAAAUUCUCGAGGGGAUAUGAACGCUUUGGCUUCAACGUGUUGAAAAACGGAGAUAUCACAUACAGAGAAUGGGCUCCUAAUGCCGAAACCGCACAUCUAAUCGUUGGUAAUGGAUGGGACCACAAUUGGGAUCAGGGUGACUAUCCCAUGACAAGGGAUCCGUACGGUGUCUGGGAAUUGACCCUUCCCGCCAAAGCUGGGAAACCCGUCAUUGCCCAUGAUGCUAAAGUCAAGCUUGUGAUGAGAAUCACAAAAGAUGGCCAACACGAAUGGAUUCACAGAGUUCCGGCCUGGGCCACAAGAGUGACCCAGGAGCUGUCCGUCAAAUCCGAGUAUGACGCACGAUUCUGGAAUCCCCCAACCCCGUAUCAAUUCAAGAACGCACGCCCUCCAAAGCCAGCCUCGGUUCGUAUCUAUGAAGCUCACGUCGGUAUCAGUACUAAAGAUCCAAAAGUCGGUACCUACAUCGAGUUUACAAGAGACGUGCUACCGAGAAUCAAGAAGCUCGGCUACAAUGUCAUCCAAUUGAUGGCUAUCAUGGAACAUGCCUACUAUGCUUCUUUCGGUUAUCAGAUCAACUCCUUCUUCGCUGCUUCUAGCCGUUAUGGUACCCCAGAUGAGCUCAAGGAGCUCAUUGAUACUGCCCAUGGCAUGGGUAUCACCGUUCUUCUUGACGUUGUACACUCGCAUGCCUCAAACAAUGUUCUUGACGGCCUGAACAUGUUCGACGGGACAGACCACCUUUACUUCCAUAGUGGGGGUAAAGGUAGGCACGACCUGUGGGACUCUAGGCUGUUCAACUAUGGAAGCCAUGAGGUUUUGCGUUUCUUGUUGUCGAAUCUACGAUUCUACAUGGAAGAGUACCAGUUUGACGGUUUCAGAUUUGACGGCGUUACCAGUAUGCUUUAUCUCCACCACGGUAUAGGAACCGGAUUCUCCGGUGGAUACCAUGAAUAUUUUGGAAAUACCGUUGACGAUGAAGGUGUUGUAUACUUGAUGUUGGCAAAUGAGAUGUUACACCAAGUGUACAAAGAUCAGGUUAUUUCCAUUGCUGAGGAUGUUUCCGGCAUGCCCGGUCUCUGUCUCCCACUUUCCCUUGGUGGAGUUGGGUUUGAUUACAGACUCGCCAUGGCUGUACCUGACAUGUGGAUCAAAAUGUUGAAGGAGCAGCAGGAUGAUGAUUGGGAUAUGGGCAAUGUUUGCUUCACAUUGACCAACAGGAGACACGGAGAGAAGACCAUUGCGUAUGCUGAAAGUCACGACCAAGCUUUGGUUGGAGACAAGACACUCAUGAUGUGGCUUUGCAAUGAGCAAAUGUACACCCACAUGUCCGACUUGACAGAAUUGACACCGAAGAUCCAAAGAGGUCUCGAGCUUCACAAGAUGAUUCGAUUGAUCUCCCACACAUUAGGUGGCGAGGGAUACUUGAACUUCGAAGGUAAUGAAUUUGGUCAUCCUGAAUGGCUUGACUUCCCAAGAGAAGGAAAUGGAAAUUCGUUCUGGUAUGCCAGGCGACAAUGGAACAUCUUAGAUGAUCCCUUGCUCCGCUACAAGUACUUGAACGAGUUCGAUUCUGCUAUGCAGAACCUUGAGGAGAAGUACCAUUGGCUCAGUGCGCCCCAGGCAUACAUUAGCUUGAAGCACGAAGGAGACAAGAUCAUUGUUUUCGAGCGAGCCAACUUGAUCUUCGUUUUCAAUUUCCACCCCACAAACAGCUUCCCAGACUACAGAAUUGGUGUGGAAGUUGCUGGCAAGUACAAAGUCAUUUUGAGCAGCGAUAACAAACUAUUUGGAGGAUUUGAGAGAGUGGAUGAGAGCGGAGAGUUCUUUACCACUGAUUUUAGGUGGAAUGACCGAUCGAAUUUCUUGCAGGUUUACAUUCCCACACGCACAGCCAUUGUGCUUGCUAAGGUGGAUUAA